UCAAGCGCCACUCUUCUCUCUCUCUCUCCAAUGGCGCAUCAGAAGAAACUUACAGAGUACGAGCUUCGAAGGCUUGAGAACAUCAAGCGCAACGAUGAAAUGUUCGAUUCUCUUAAGAUCCAUUCCAAAAUUAACGACCUCUCUGCUUCAACUAAGCGCCAAAGAGCUCAAAUCAAGUCUUACAAAAAUGUCCCGGAGAAGAAAUCGAAAAUCGAAACCCCAAUUUUCAUUCGGCGUUCGCUACGGACCAAAGGAAUGCCACCUGAUGCCACCAAUAUGCACGAUUUUGAUGAAACCCUAACUAAGACCCCCAAAUCAAACCCUAAAUAUGAGUCCUCAGGUCCUAUUACCAUCGGUGAUGCGUAUUGCGGUUACGCCUCUCACCAACAAAAAUUCACUGAAAAAAUCAUGGGUGUUUUUAAAAAACCCCAAUUGUGUUGCGGUCAUGACUCGAGGGAGGAAAUUGAAGGGGGUUCCUGCAAUUCGAUGGCUCGUGUGAAUGAAAAUGUCAAUUUUGGCUACCCAAUUCGGGUUCGGGGUUGUGUUGAUUUGGAAUCAAUGGGGUUGGAACCAGAAAACAUAGCUAGGGUUGUACCAGGGAGAAUACUAGUGUUGAGGUUCUUUCCGUCUACGGAUGUGAAAUUGAUUGCCGUGGGAAACAAUUUUGGGAAUGUUGGAUUUUGGGAUUUUGAUGUUGAGAAUGAGGAUGGAGAUGGGAUUUAUCUGUACCGCCCUCAUCCACGGCUGGUUUCGGGGAUUGUAAUUCAACCAUUUUCCAUUUCAAAGGUUUAUACUAGCUGCUAUGAUGGAUUUAUCCGAUUGAUGGAUGUCGAGAAAGAAAUAUUUGAUCUGGUUUAUUCCAGCGAUCAUGCUAUAUUUUCUAUUUCUCAACGAACAAAUGAUGCAAAGUCCUUGUAUUUUAGCGAGGGUCAUGGAGUUCUCAAUAUUUGGGAUGAGAGGGCAGGAAAAUCUUCAGCUUCGUGGAUUUUGCAUGAAGAUAGAAUCAGCACUAUAGAUUUCAAUUCAGAAAACACUGACAUGAUGGCAACGAGCUCCACAGAUGGAACUGCUUGCAUUUGGGAUUUGAGAAAUAUUGAUGCAGAUAAGCCGAAAUGUUUGAAGACGCUUAACCAUAAAAGGGCUGUGCAUUCUGCUUACUUUUCACCAUCUGGAAGCUAUCUAGCCACAACAAGUAUUGAUGACAAUGUUGGCUUACUGACUGGGGCUAAUUUUGAAGACGUAACUAUGAUCAACCAUAAUAAUACAGACGGAUGGACUUCUUCAUUCAGCAGAGCAAUAUGGGGUUGGGAUGAUUCAUAUCUCUUCAUUGGUAAUAUGAAAAGAGGAGUUGAUGUUAUCUCCGCGGCUAGGAGAGUACGUGUUGCGACUUUACAGAGCCCAAAUUUGUCUGGAAGUCCAUGCCGCUUUGAUACACACCCUUACCAGAUUGGGAUGCUUGCAGGAGCCACAAGUGGAGGCCAGGUUUACACAUGGACAACAACUUGAGCUUCUCUUUUUCAACCACCACGACGGUUGUACUUUAACUUAAAAUUAACUUGUUGAUGAACAAUCAAUUUAGUUUAUAUGUAUGCUACUUCAUUUGGUAAGUUUUAAAUAUAUUUAUGGUUUUGCCUCCCAACUUUUUCUUGCUCGGCCAUUUCUGCAAAAACUGUAUGUGAACCAGUUUAGAUUAUUUCUUUGGCAAUUUCAUUUCUAACUGAAAAACAUUAAUGAGGUGACCCUGUGUAUUGCCAUUCCAAUGUACCACAUUAGCUAAAUUAUUCUAUUUUUUUAAAUUUAUUACUUAUAAUCAUUAUGGGUUUUAUAUCAUCACUUAAGGUGAGGCUUACUAUUAUUGUUAGUGUCUCUAAAGUUAGUUAACUCCAUAAAUUUGGAGUAAUUUGCAGUGAAAUUAGAGUGAUUGUGCUGGAGGGGAGUAAUGAUUUUUGAAAUUCCUAGAUCUAUUAUCACGAAAAAAAAAUUGAAAAAGAAAAAUUGGUAGAUUCAUACUGAAUAUCUCGUGUCCAACUUGAAAUUUUUUAGAAGUUUAAGCAAUAUAAAUUUUAUUUAAG